UUUCACAAUUUCAAAUUCCAGGAAUCGUUUUUGUGCCAAGCAGGAACUUCCACAGCAGAACCUUUCUGCAGAUAUAAAAAACCCCAGUGGGAAAGCGCACAGCACAAUUAGGAGGACAGAUUAUAACCAGCACUGCAGAAUACUACUAACAAAAUGGGGUUUCCUUUGACUGUGGUCCUUCUGGUUGCAUUGGCCUCUCUGGCAGAUGUGGCUCGUACCGAAGAAAAGAAAAGCACUGAGUCAGCAUCACCACGUUCCAGGCGGAUGAUCGGGGGGUUGCUGGCUCCUCACGUCCCCUGGCAGGUCAUGGUCUACAUCGCGGAGAGCAUCGUGGAUGGAGGCUAUGCAGGCGGAGCUCUCAUCUCUGACCGCUGGGUGCUGACGGCCGGAAGAAACCUUUUUGCCAGGAAGAGUCGACAGGACACUCAGGGAAAAGUUCCCGUCGUCCCUAAAGUGUACCUAGGAAUCUCAGAGAAGGCAGAAGCAAAUGCCUCCAAAGAGGUCGCUGUAGAGAAGGUAGUUCUCCAUCCACGGUUUCAGAACCAGUCUGACUGGGACAAUGACUUGGCUCUGAUCCAGCUGAAGGAGUCUGUGGUUAUGAGUGAUAAAAUUACCCCCAUUCCCUUGCCAGAGAGAGGCCAGGACCUGACUAACACCAGGGGAGGGUCAGGGGUUAUUGCUGGCUGGGGGUGGGGGCCCCUCCUCACUUAUGCUGCAUCCCUCAAAUACCUUGUGCUGCCUCUGGCCAACCACUCUGACUGUAAGGCAGAAUAUGAACGUUCUCAUCUCACGCCGGCUGUAGAUGACAACAUGUUCUGCACUGGACCCACCACGUUUCAGGAGAAUGUUUGCACUGGUGAUGCAGGAGGCGCUCUGGCUGUCACAGAUGCUGAAACUGGGGACAUUUACGCUGCAGGGAUCCUAUCUUAUGACAAAUCCUGCACUAGUCACAAGUAUGGAGUAUAUAUGAAGAUUUCCUCAUAUUUGCCCUGGAUCCACAGUGUCAUCAGGGGAGAUACGGAGAAAUCGUCUGCUCUGCGCUCUGAUACAAUGCUUAAGAUGUACUCGUGGUCGCAGACUGGGAAAAAAACAUGUGAAUGGAUGUAACUGUAGCAUAAUUAAGUCUGCAGUACUAACACUAACAAAUGUUGUAUCCUCACAUCAAUAAAUCUAGUUUUGAAUGAA